AUCUCAGGGACACUGAUGAUAUGAUAAUACCGCUCUUUAGUUAUAUGAAGGACUGAUCACUUGAAUCUUAAUUGAGAUAAAUAAAAAAGAUGAUGGCGACAGAAGAGUCCAGAAGGCAGGAGAAAGAUGACUUUUAUGACCAGUGUGGGAGGAGUUUUUCCCUUCAGGCUUGUCUAAAACAUCACCAGCACAUUGACACUGGAGAGAAGCCUUACAACUGCUCACAGUGUGGAAAGAGUUUUACCCGUCAGAGAACACUAAAACAACACCAGCGCAUACAUACUGGAGAGAAGCCUUAUAAGUGCUCACAGUGUGGAAAGAGUUUUACCCGUCAGAGUAUACUGAAAGAUCACCAGCACAUUCACACUGGAGAGAAGCCUUAUAAGUGCGCACAGUGUGGAAAGUAUUUUAUCUAUCAGAGUACACUAAAACAUCACCAGCGCAUUUACACUGGAGAGAAGCCUUAUCCCUGCUUACAGUGUGGAAAGUAUUUUCUCUAUAAGUGUUCACUAAAACAACACCAGCACAUUCACACUGGAGAGAAGUCUUAUACGUGCUUACAGUGUGGAAAAGAUUUUACCCAUCAGAGUACACUAAAACAACACCAGCGCAUUUAUACUGUAGAGAAGCCUUAUAAAUGCUUAGAGUGUGGAAGAGAUUUUACCUCUCACAGUAAACUAAAACAACACCAGCGCAUUCACACUGGAGAGAAGCCUUAUAAGUGCUUAGAGUGUGGAAAGAGUUUUAUCUAUCAGACUUCACUAAAACGUCACCAGCACAUUCACACUGGAGAGAAGCCUUAUCCCUGCUUACAGUGUGGAAAGAGUUUUAUCUAUCAGACUUCACUAAAACGUCACCAGCACAUUCACACUGGAGAGAAGCCUUAUCCCUGCUUACAGUGUGGAAAGAGUUUUAUCUAUCAGAGUUCACUAAGUCUGCACCAUCGCACUCACACUGGAGAGAAGCCUUAUCCCUGCUCACAGUGUGGAAAGAGUUUUAUCUGUCAGAGUUUCCUGAAACAACACCAGCGCAUUCACACUGGAGAGAAGCCUUAUCGGUGCUCUCGGUGUGGAAAGAGUUUUACGCAGCAAAGUUCACUAAGUCUGCACCAUCGCACUCACACUGGAGAGAAGCCUUAUCCCUGCUUACAGUGUAAAAAGUUCUUUAUCAAUCAAGGUUCACUAACAAGACACGAGCUCACCCACACUGGAGAGAGGCCUUUUAAGUGCUCACAGUGUGGAAAGAGUUUUACCCAACAGUGUACACUAAAACAACACCAGCGCAUCCACACUGGAGAGAAGCCUUAUCCCUGCUUACAGUGUGGAAAGUUUUUUAUCAGUCAGAGUUCACUAACAAGACACGAGCGCAUCCACACUGGAGAGAAGCCUUAUAAGUGCUCACAAUGUGGAAGAAGCUUUAGCCAAAAACACUCACUAAAAUGUCACCGGUGCAUUCACAACUAAAGAGAAAUCUCAUCACUGCUCACAGUCUGGGAAGCAUUCAGCGCAUUCAUAAUAGAGACAAACUUUAGUGAACUUUGGGGUCAAGUCUAGCCUUUUUUUCCCCCCAUUAGCCUUACUGAUAAGUGGAUUUCUUAAAGCUAUACAUCGGUUUAUUCCUUGCGUUUUCUUUGUUUUAUGUAAAUGUGUGUGGAAAUGCUUUUAUUUUCAUUAUUAAACAUUCUUUUUUCUCUCUUUCAUUCGUAACACAAUUUAAGUAAUUUUAGCAAUCUCCUCAGUUGUUUUCUUUGAUUGAUACAGGACAAUAAUUUACCUUUCUAAAAGAAAGAAACAUUAUUGCCAUAACUACUGGACAUUUCUUCUAAUAUGUCUUUUUGUUGUUUAAGAAAUGAUAAGAUACUUCCUGCUUUAGUUCGUGUUAAAAAACUUGUUGCUGCUGAAUCAUAUAAAUCACUGCAGUAAAUAUCCAAUAGAAAGUAAAUCAUUUUGUGGAAUAUUACAUAUUUUAUUCAUUAAAAGAAAAAUACUCUUUUAGUAGUUUAAUGAAAUGUUUUGUUUAUAAUGGUUUCUGAUAUCCUCUAUAUAAAUAAAAAAAGUUUUUGUCUGUACCUUGCCCAGUCUGUAACUUGAUCUUUCAAUUACAGUUAAACCUUAAAUUGUGAGCAUAAUUCGUUCCGGAAGUGUGCUUGUAUAUCAAAACACUUGUAUAUUAAAAUGAGUAUCAUAUGAGUGACGCACACGCACUGAGCAUGGGAGAUAAUUUUCCACAAUCCCACAGCGCGAGAGAGAGAGAAAGCAUUGGCUUAGUUGUGAUCAUGUGACACUCGGCAGGCGAAGCGCAUACGUACUUGUAUUGUAUAUUAAUACCUUGCUUGUUCAACUUUAGUUGAAAAAAUUUAGCAAAACACUCGCAGACCAAGUUUCUCGCAAUCCAGCAUUCCACUGUAUAUCUUUACGUUUCAUACAUUAAAGGACCAGUAAACCAGAAAAAGAAAAAUUUUGUCUGUUUGUCUG